GCCACCAUAAGGAGUAUGGCAGUGAUGAAGGAGAUUCUCCGAUCCAGAAAUCUCUUGCUUGUUGUUCUCAUUCCACUUCUGCUGCUUCCUCUGCCACUCAUAUACCCCAGCAGUGAAGCCUCGUGUGCCUACGUGCUCAUGGUGACAGCUGUGUACUGGGUCUCUGAAGCAGUGCCUCUCGGGGCAGCAGCCUUGGUUCCUGCUUUCCUGUUCCCUCUCUUUGGGGUCAUGAAGUCCAGCGAGGUGGCUGCUGAAUAUUUCAAGAACACAACUUUGCUCCUCAUGGGUGUGAUUUGUGUGGCAGCUUCUGUGGAAAAGUGGAAUCUCCACAAGCGAAUUGCCCUGCGCAUGGUGAUGAUGGCUGGAGCCAAGCCAGGCAUGCUGCUCCUCUGCUUUAUGUGCUGCACCACGGUGCUCUCCAUGUGGCUUUCCAACACCUCCACCACAGCCAUGGUGAUGCCAAUCGUGGAGGCAGUGCUCCAGGAGCUGGUGAAUGCUGAGGAGGAGUGCGAAGUCAUCACGACUGCAGGCAGCACCAUUGCCGAAGAAAACAAGCCAAUAGGUCUCAGCGAAAAGCACGGCCAGCCUUCGCUGGAGCUUAUCUUCAUCAAUGAGGAUGCUACUACUGACUUCAGCUCCUUGAUGCACUCAAAGAGUAUGAACGGUGUGCACAUGAUAGCCAACCCUAUUGGAACAAUGAAUUCCACGAGCAAUGGGCAGCACCUCCCUCAGGCUCAGAUCCUGGUCCUGCCCCCUGAGCCCUCGGAUCUCAGCCUGAGCAGCAAGUACCGAUAUCAGACCAGGCACGACCACAUGGUCUGCAAAUGCCUCUCACUGAGCAUCUCCUACGCAGCCACCAUCGGGGGGCUCAGCACCAUCAUAGGCACCUCCACCAGCCUCAUAUUCCUCGAGCACUUCAACAAUCAGUACCCAAAAGCUGAAGUGGUGAAUUUUGGAACUUGGUUCCUGUUCAGUUUCCCCAUCUCCCUCAUCAUGUUGGUGCUGACUUGGUUCUGGCUGCACUGGCUAUUCUUGGGCUGCAAUUUUAAAGAGACUUGUUCUGUGAGCAAGAAGAAGAAGACCAAACGGGAAGAAAUGUCAGAGAGAAGAAUUCAAGAGGAAUACAAGAAACUGGGAAAUGUUAGCUAUCCCGAGAUGGUGACUGGAUUCUUCUUCAUCCUGAUGACCUUGCUUUGGUUCACUCGUGAGCCUGGCUUUGUACCAGGAUGGUCAUCUUUUUUUGAGAAGAAAGGUUACCGGACCGAUGCCACUGUUUCUGUAUUUCUUGGGUUUCUCCUUUUCCUGAUUCCAGCAAAAAAGCCAUGUUUUGGAAAAAGGAGAAAAGGAGAUGGUGAAAAGUCAACAGACAUUAACACACUGGAGCCCAUCAUUACCUGGAAGGACUUUCAGAAGACCAUGCCCUGGGAGAUCGUAGUGUUGGUUGGAGGAGGUUAUGCCUUAGCAGCUGGAUGCAAGACCUCCGGCCUCUCUACAUGGAUUGGACGUCAAAUGCUCUCCCUGAGCAGCCUUCCCUACUGGGCUGUAACUCUGCUGGCUUGCAUCUUGGUGUCCAUAGUAACAGAAUUUGUUAGUAAUCCAGCAACCAUCACCAUCUUUCUACCUAUUUUAUGCAGCAUGUCAGAAACCCUGCUUAUCAACCCUUUAUACACUCUGAUUCCUGUCACCAUGUGCAUCUCAUUUGCGGUAAUGCUGCCUGUGGGGAACCCUCCAAAUGCCAUUGUCUUCAGUUAUGGGCACUGCCAGAUCAAAGACAUGGUGAAAGCUGGCCUGGGUGUAAAUCUAAUUGGUCUGGCUGUUGUCAUGGUGGCCAUCAACACGUGGGGAAUUAGGCUCUUCCAGCUGAACACCUUUCCAGAAUGGGCAACAGUCAACAACAUCACAAGCCAAACAUAA